GUCAUUUAAAAGUCUCCUCGGAUCAGGACGCACGCGCCCCUGCAGCUCCCGCCGCCAGCGCUCGCGGCUCUCCCGGCCAUGGCCUCCGUCACGUGCCGGGUCCAGUUCCUGGAGGACUCGGACCCGUUCGUCUGCACGAACUUCCCCGAACCGCGCAGACCUCCGACCGUGGACCUGGAGGAGAACCUGCCUCUGAGCGAGCAGAUCCCGGCCAUUCACAAGCUGCUGGACGCGCCGCACAAGCUGGAGGACUGCACCCUCCAGGUGAGCCCGAGCGGACACUACCUGGACCUGGACUCGUCUCUGGCCGAGCAGCGAGACGAGCUGGAGAGCUUCUACGACGACGUGACGAAGGGAAAGAAGCCGGUUCUGAUCCUGAGGACCCAGCUCUCCGUGCGCGUCCACUCCAUCCUGGAGAAACUCUACAACUCCCACGGUCCCGAUCUGCGGAGGGCUCUGUUCUCCCUCAAGCAGCUCUUCCAGGAUGACAAAGACCUGGUCCCGGAGUUCGUUGCGUCUGAAGGUCUGACUUGCUUCAUCAAAGUCGGAGCAGAAGCCGACCACAACUACCAGAACUACAUCCUGAGAGCCCUCAGCCAGAUCGUGCUGUUUGUGGACGGCAUGAAUGGAGUCAUCAGCCACAACGAGACGGUGCAGUGGCUCUACACGCUGACAGGAAGUCUGUCUCGUCUGGUGGUGAAGACGGCUCUGAAGCUGCUCAUCGUGUUUGUGGAGUAUUCAGAGUCCAACAGUCCUCUGCUCAUCCAGGCCAUCCAUGUGGUCGACAGAAAGAGAGAAGCAAAGCCUUGGAGUUUCAUCAUGGAUAUCCUCCACGAGAGAAAUGGAGCUGACGCCGAGCUGCUCAUGCUAACCAUGACCCUCAUCAACAAGGCUCUGGCCGUACUCCCAGACCAGGACUCCUUCUAUGAUGUGACCGACUGCCUGGAGCAGCUGGGGAUGGAGACCAUCAUCCAGAAACACCUGAACAGACUGGGGACGGAGCCGGACCUGCGGGCACAGUUCACCACCUACGAGACCGCUCUGCGACAUGAAGACGGCGACGUGGAGGACACCUCGUCCCUCCUACGGAAAGAAAAAAGGAAGGCCGGCGAGCAGGAGGGCCGCCGGAGCCGCCGCUCCAGUCAGAACGCGCCGGACCUGCUGUCCCCCAUCAGCCCCUUUACCCCCCUGUCCCCUUCCCUUUCCAACACCCCCUCGUCCGUCACAGUCUCCUCCCCCAGCUACAUGUCCGGGCCCGACAGCCGGACCUCAUCGCCGCUGACCUCCGACCCCGGUAGCUCCUCCUCCAGUCCAUCUGGGUCCAGGACCAGCUCCCCCCUGCCCCCUCAGCCCAACGGCAGUGUCCCCCCAGAUCAGGGCAAGAAGUCCUCGAGUCGCUCUUUCCUUAGUCAUCACAUGUCAGUUCUGGGGUUGAAGAGGAAGUCCAGGCUGUUCUCCAAAUCCAGCUCAGUCUCUGAGGAGCCUUCCACAAACCUCAGCUCGACCCCUCCUGACCUCUCGCUCCAGGAAAAGACUCCAUCUCAGCUGAACAGUGAACAAACCAGGACGGAGGCCAAAAGCUCUUCAAACUCGGACCCUGAUGACAUCUUUUGCCCGGACGACUGUAAUAUCAUUUUGGACAAGCCGAUUCUGAAGAAGUAUCAAGGCACUUUCCUGCGAGAUUUGGCCUCCAAGCAGCGGGAAAAGAAGAAGUCUCUCCAUCACAGCCGGACCAAACAGCUGGCGUCUAACGAGGCCACACCUUCCAUCGUUGAGUCGGGGGCGGAGUCUAGUGAUGUCAGGGUGUCAGAGGAGCCACAUGACCAAACAUCCGAUCAGGACACGCACGGAGAGUCGGAGUCGCACAACGACCCAGGUAUGCAGCGACAGUGCAGCACGCUGUCGGACGAAAAGAAGUUUGUCCUGGACAUGCUGUACUCCAAAAACUCUGCAGAAGUGCCUCUGAGCCAGGCGGCGUCAGAACCUCCAAGUACCGAGGAGAAGAGCUCCGUGUCUGAGGAGCACGUAUGUGGUCAAGUCUCUUCCCGUCUGUCGGACUUGGAGGCGCGCUCAGUGGAGGCCGCUUCCCCAAAUGAGGGCAGCGCCUCCAUCAAGGAGGAGCUGGAAAGCUUGGGAGGCUCCGCCCAGGCGGCGCGGGCGCGGCUGGAGGAAGAGAAGAAGCGAUACCUGCAGCGGCAGCAGAGCAGCAUCGACGUGGAGGCGCACGCCAAACGGCUGGAGAAAACCCGGAUGACGCCGCUGGAGGCCAAGGCGCCGGUCGACGCCUGGGACCAGCUGCAGCCCAGCGGCGCCGACCUGCGCAUCAAAGACCUGGACUUCUCCGACCUGCUGGACGAGGAGGACAUCGACGUCCUGGACAUGGACACCUUUGACUCCUCCCACCCCAGCAUCCCAGGCGUCCCGCCCCCUCCGCCCCUUCUGGGUGCAGCCCGCCCCCUGUCCUCCGCCCCCCUGCAGAAGAAGAAGACGGUGAAGCUGUUCUGGAGGGAGCUGAAGCAGGCGGACCGGCCGCAGAAGUGCCGCUUCGGUCGGGGGACGGUGUGGGCGUCCCUGGACAAGGUGGAGGUGGACACCGCCCGCCUCGAACAGCUGUUUGAGUCCAAAACCAAGGAACUGUCUGUUACCAAGAAAGGACCCGAGACCAAAAAGGCAGAGAUUCUGGUUCUGGACCCAAAGAGGAGCAACGCCAUCAACAUCGGGAUGACGGUCCUGCCCGCCCUCCACGUCAUCAAGAGCGCCAUCCUCAGCUUUGACGAGUUUGCCAUCAGCAAGGAGGGGAUCGAGAAGAUCCUGACCAUGGUCCCCACAGAGGAGGAGAAGCAGAGGAUCCAGGAGGCGCAGCUGGCCAACCCCGACGUCCCUCUGGGCUCCGCAGAGCAGUUCCUCCUGAGCCUGGCCUCCAUCAGCGCUCUGACGCCGCGCCUGCAGCUCUGGGCCUUCAAGCUCAACUACGAAGCUCUGGAGAAGGAGAUCGCAGAGCCGCUGUUCGACCUGAAGCUGGGCAUGGAGCAGCUGGCGUCCAAUCAGACCUUCAGGAGGAUCCUGGCGACGCUGCUUGCCAUCGGGAACUUCCUCAACAGCACCAGCGUGAAAGGCUUUGAACUGGGUUACCUGGAGAAGGUAACAGAGGUGAAGGACACCGUCCACCGUCAGUCUCUGCUCUACCACACCUGCAAACUGGUGGUGGAUAAAUACCCCGAAUCCACGGACGUCUACUCUGAGAUUCCUGCCAUCACCCGCUCUGCCAAAGUAGACUUUGAGCUGCUGUCAGAGAACCUGGUUCAGCUGGAGAGACGCUGCAAAGCAUCAUGGGACAACUUGAAGGUGGUGGCCAAACACGAGACCAAAGCGGCGCUGAAGACCAAGAUGACGGAGUUCCUGAAGGACUGCACUCAGAGGAUCAUCAUCCUGAAGGUGGUCCACAGGAGGGUCAUCAACAGGUUUCACUCCUUCCUGCUGUUCCUGGGUCAGCCGUCCUCCUCCGUCAGAGACAUCAAGGUGACCAGUUUCUGCCGCAUCAUCAGCGAGUUCGCUCUGGAGUAUCGCACCAGCCGAGAUCGAGUGCUCACCCUCAAACGGAAACGAACCACGCUUCGGGAGCGCCGCAAGACCAGAGGGAAGAUGAUCACUGAGAUGGAGAAGUUUUCCGCUGCUAUGCCUGAUCUGGACACGCCCUCCCUUGUUUCAAUGGCAUCAGAGGCAGAACCAGAGCAGCAGGAGGAGCACGAGAACAUGAAGAACCUGCUGAUCAGCAGCUCCUCCAGCCUGUCGGCAGAUACUCGAGGCCUGAGGCGCUCCCGAGCCGUCAGAAGUUUUGGCCGGAGUAGCCCGACUCCGAUGUCUGGCGCCAGAGACGACGGGAUCAGCUGCCAGGACGACGCCACCGAUGAGAUCAUGAACCGUUUGGUGAAGACAGUGAGCCAGAAUCCCUCACAGCGAACGUCCAACCCCAGGACCCGCAAACGCUCCAACCUCAACAGAAAGUCCAUCAGGAGAACUCUGAAGAGCGGCCUCGGCGUGGACAUGGCCCAGAUCCAGGAGAACAGCAGCCGGCCCGGAGAGACCGUCUGAUCCGGAUCAGCAAACGGAUCUCCAGAACACAGACCGAGACAGAACCGACGCCAGCUUCUGCACAGCUGGACCGUGACCUCACCUGGUCUGUGGGGUCAGAGCGCCGUUUCUAAAGGUGUUUUAUCUGUUUUUAAGCUCAGUGGUGUGGUUACGCUCCGCUCCGGUCUGUCGCUGCCUUCAACGCCUCUUCACCUGUGAUCCGGAUCAGAACCAGGUCAUGGAUCAGGGCUGCUGGUUUCUGUCUGCUUCAUGUGAGGAACGGCUUGCUGUGUGUUCUGUUGGUUCUGGACCAUCACAAAUGUUGUAUUUCUGCAGCGUUUCACUUUGGGUUUAAAGAUGUUCACAGAUGAACUUCAGUCCCAGUAAUAGUGUUGCAUGAAACCAGUAACGACCACAGGAGGCGCUGGUGAGCACAACGUCACUGAGGACGGAUCCUCGUCACACGCUCGCUUCGUUUUCACGCAGAACUUUGAGUUUUACUGAAAAUAAAAUGUUUUUUCUUUUAGCAGAAACUGUUACAGUUCAGCAAAAUGAAGCAUGAGUCAGCAGAUUCAGUUUUAGGUGUGAGUGUGUGUGUGUGUGUGUGUGUGGGGGGGGGUGUAGUCGUGCAUCUUCAGCUCCUCCGUCCACGUUUGCUUCAUGCUGACUCGCUGAAACUUUGCUUCGACUUGAAGAGCAACACCAACAAUUUACUGAAACAGGAAACGUUGAAUGUAUUUGAUGUUGUUAAUAAAGAUUUACCAAAAAAAUCAA